GUUAUCUUCUAUUAUCGAUAACAAAUGUUGGCGCAAAUUGAAAAUACUUUCGUUGCUAAGGAUGAAAAACCAAAACAAAUAAUUAUCGCUUAAUUACUACACUGCCCAAACGUUAUAUAUUCUUUAGCUAGCAAAUUAAGAUAUGGCAACUGCAUUGACAUCUAAUUGGCUGCAUGUGGACAUUGGUGAAGAAACGCCACUCCUCCUCUCAACACUGUCAAGUUGCAUGACAUUGAGUGAUGUUCAAUGCGAUGGUUACGUGCGUCUUUUGGCUGCCGACAUUUCGCUGGAGGACGAUGACGAGCCCUCCGCUAAGCUAAAAGUGUUUCGUGGUCUCAAGCUGAAGCAGGAGCAAUCGCUGCCAGGCAUUCCCACGGCCAUUGAGAGUCUCUAUAUCGACGAAACCGAGCCCAAAACACCGGUGAUUGCCGUUGCCAUUGCAGAGUCUGUGCUCUUCUACAGGCAUAUGAAGCCUUACUUUAAGUACACUGUGCCCGCCUUGGAUGCCGAGGAACUGGAGCUGGAGGUGUGGCGAAAGCUUCCUGUGAUGAAGACAGAGACUCACGAUGAACUGCUGCAGUUGCUCAAGGAGGUGGAUCAUGCGAAGCUGUCGCGCAAAACACAGCGACUGCUACAGCUCAGCGGGGAGGAGAGAGAAUCCUUCAUUGAGACACACAAGGACUCGCCUGUGGGUCGAGUUGGCAACAUUGUGGCCAUGUGCUGCUUGAAACGUGUCUCCAGCAGCCCCAAUCCGCCCUCACAUCUGGUGCUCGCCACAGACACAGGUCGCGUCUUUGUUCUGGAACCACAAGGCUUCAAUCUGGUUUAUCAGGCGCGCACUUGUAGCUAUGAAACCGCUGUGCCCAGCCUGAUAUCUGUGCAUGGCACCUACGAAACGGACUUUUGCAUUGUGGUGGGCACACGCAAUGGAGGCGUCUAUCUACUGCGUAAGGCCAACAACGAGGGACAGGAGAUACUCAAGAUGACCACUGCAUUGACGGGUCUACUACUAUUACCUGUAGAUCAGACCAUUGUGGUGACCACCAUGGAACAACGGUACCUCUGCUACUCUAAGCGUGGCAAACUGCUCUAUCAGGUGCAGCUGGAGGCACAACCAGUCUGCAUUCUGCCACUGAUGCUGGCGCAUCUGGGCCUCACUUUGGUGGCUGUGGCGCUUCAAGGCGGCGUCGUUAAAUUCUUUCUACAACGUUAUCUGGUCGAUGAAUUUGUGCUGCCCGAGACAGUGGCUGCCAUGCUUUACGGUCGCAUGGGCAUGGAGGAUCAUGUGCUCACAUUGACUACGCAGUCGGGUGAAAUGUUUUUCAAGAUACUGCGACGUGUGACACGAUUUGAAACCGACGUCGUUGCAGCUGCAGCGGCAGCGAAUAAAAGUGCAACAAAGUCACAACGGAUUGCGGAUGUAUCCAUACUGGACAAGCCCAAAAAGAGUUCCAUAUUCGUGGAGCAGGCUGCGCGAGAGAAGCUAAAGGCCAAGGCAAGCUAUGGCAGCUUUCAGGUAGAACUGUGGCGACUGCGUCACACAGCAGCGCGUGCCACCAUCGAUGCCAUCAACUCCUCGGAGAGCACCAUCUCUGGUGAUCUCACCCAUGCACCUGUCAAGCUCUCAGCCGAGGUUUGCGGCAGCGGACCCGCCUUCCGUCUCUACCUCACCGUCCAAAAUCUGUCCACCUUUAAGAUGGCAUCGAAUUUGGUGGUGCUGCUGCAUGCAGAUCGACGGCACUACACUAUGUCGCAGUCCAUGGCCAGGUUGCCCAGUGUAUUGCCCGGCAUUCCGCUGCGCGUUGACUUUGAGGUUGUUGCUGUGCUGGAUCCGAUGGACAAGUUGCCACCGGGCAGCCUGACGCCCGACAAUUCCCAGAUUCGCGUCAUGCUGUUGAAGACUGGACAGUCGAAGCCGUUGAUUGCUGCCGCAGUGGCCAUGCCGCAAUCUGAGGCGGCUUUUUAGUUUACACUCAUUUGUUGUUGUUGGUAAG